CGCAAUCUAAAAAAGGGGUAUGCAGUAGUAUUCGGACGCGGGUGCGAAGUGUAGCGUUGGAGGGGUUACUCUCAGAUAAAAACGUAAUCUGAUAUCGUUGUUGUUCCUCUUGCUCUUGCGGAACGAAACGACGACGUUCCCUUUCCCGGCGACUCGAACAUGCUCCUAUUCAAUUAGGGCUUCGCAACACUUCUCGCUCUCUUAAUUACAAACAACAACGCUCACCAAUCAACAUGGUUUCUCUUUCACUCUCAUCUCCCAAUUUCGCCACCGCUUUCCUCGCCAAAAAGCUGCCUCUCCGAGAAAAUACGAGGAAAUCCGCAACAUUUUCUGAUGUUUCGUUUCGUACUAGAUGCGCGGUCGACACGCCCUAUGGAGGUAAUGUCCCAAAAUUCCCACGUGUUAGUGUUUGGGAUCCUUACCGACGCCUUGGUGUUAGCCGUGAUGCUUCUGAAGAAGAAAUUUGGGGGUCAAGAAAUUUUCUGUUGGAACAAUAUGCUGGCCAUGAGAGGAGUGUAGAAUCAGUAGAAGCUGCUUUUGAAAAAAUAUUGAUGGCUAGUUUCAUUCACAGGAAGAAAACAAAAAUUAAUUUGAAAAGCAAGUUGAAAAAGAAGGUAGAGGAGUCUCCACCAUGGAUCAAGAACUUGCUAAACACUGUUGAAUUUCCACCAACUGAAAUUAUCCUCAGGAGAUUGUUUCUCUUUGCCUUCAUGGGUGGCUGGAGCAUUAUGAAUUCUGCUGAAACUGGACCUGCUUUUCAGGUGGCAAUCUCUUUGGCUGCUUGCAUAUACUUCCUUAACGAAAAGACGAAAAGUUUGGCUAGAGCGUGCAUUAUUGGGUUUGGAGCUCUUGUGGCUGGAUGGGUCUCUGGUUCAUUGCUGGUACCCAAUAUUCCAACAAUGUUGCUGCGCCCAACCUGGACCCUUGAACUCUUAACAUCAUUAGUAGUUUACUUGUUCUUGUUCAUUGGUUGUACUUUUCUCAAGUGAAGUGGCAACUAUUCUUCCAUAGUUUCAUUCAAUGUACUGUACUCUUAAUGAGUUUCUAGGAGAUCAAAACUCAACAUUUUUUUUUGUAGUUAGCUAAGUUGCCUACUAUUGUUAGCAUAGAUAUUACCAAGCCUAGUUUGUUAAUCUAAAUUUCGGUUGGCUACUGAGCA